GCAGAAGCUUGUUGCUUUGGGAAACAGCUACGUCAAAGCUUUCCAAGCUGUGCUCUAAGAUGGGAUACACAACAUUUAAACAGCAUUAGCGGUUUGUAGUGAGGCCUACUUCAGUGCUGUUGCCAAGAUGGGUGACCAUGCACUGCACACACUAUCAUCUCGCUCUCUUGGGGACGUCCUCAUUCAGAUAUCCGACACGCAAAGGAAACUCACUGCCGAGAUGGAGGGAGUGUUUCAAUGGUUCCAGGUGGAGGUGUUGCAAGCCAUGGAGAAGAACGUCAAGUUGGAUGAGGAGUACAUUGAUGGUAGCCGACGAGUAUACGAACUGGAGGUGAGGAACCAGGCAGAGGCUUUGGAGAAACAGCUACGACGAGGAGCCUUCAGAGACUCACUGGAGAGCAGCAACUACAUGCAGUACUUGAGGCAGAGCCAGCAGGAGAUCCUCAAGGAGGAGGUGAGGAGGUAUCGUUUUCUGGCAGAGAAACACCGUGGCCUCACUCAGUCUCUGCUCUUCCUGGUUAACAAGACAGGUAUGUCUCUUCAGCAAAAAGCAGAUGGAUGGAAGGAGAAAGUCAAUGAAACCAGAGGGUCCGGAUCUCGAACCCCUAGUAAUUUGGACCAAGAGGCACAGCUGCGAGGCUCUGUAAGUUCCCUGCUGCAGACGGUAGCCAAAGACGACGACAUGUCCUGGGCCAGGCGGGAGCAACAGGCACUGGGCAAAGUUCCCUCGCGAGCGCCGUCGCCCCUUCCUAGCCGCUCUCGCUCUGGCUCAGUGGGAGAGUUCUUGGGUCUGGGUGGAGGCAGACCCAUGAGAGCCUUAGUGUCUCAUCCCUCCUCGUCCAACCCAAAGCUGCUGCCUUUCAACAAGGGGGAGAUGAUCACCGUGUUGGUCCAGGAACCGCGCAACGGUUGGCUGUAUGGGCGCACCGACAGCAACCUGCGGCAGGGCUGGUUCCCUGCUGCUUAUGUGGGUCCCAUUGAGGAUUCAGACACAAGCAGCGACAGUUCUCUGAGAAGUAGCAGCAUGAACAACAUGCUGGACCCCAACGGCACACACAACGACCAAUCAGAGGGCAGGAGCUACGGUGACAUUGCACCGCCAGCCACGCCUAAUCGCAGAGCGUCCAUGGACAUCCGGUCGUUCUCGCCACUCCCCGAGAAGAAGGCAGAACUGACGACAAUUGAGAUUAAACCUCCUGCUCCUCCACCUCCCCCUCCUCCUCCUAAGAGUCUUAAUAUCCAAAGGAGGUCAGCUGACCUGCGACCGCUUUCGCCCAACCCUGAAUGGAAAAGCGAUGGUGACGCACAGGGUUUAUCACCCUAUGGCCCACCUGAGAAUCCUCUUUUUCCAAGAGGCACAAACCCGUUUGCCACUGUGAAGCUUCGCCCUACCAAGACCAAUGACAGGUCGGCCCCUAGCAUCCAUUAAUGCGCCAUGCCAGGACCUCGGGUUUGUAAGUGAGGUGACAUUACAAAGGAAAGGAAAAAAAAAACAAUAUAAUAUGAUCAAUCUGAAACAUGGAGGACAAUUUAGUCGAAUAUCAGCACUGUAUUUCUGUUUUAUCCGCCAAUUGUAGGCCCAGACAUUUUUCAUAAUCCUCUCUCAUUUCAGGGGUCACCGUGUAUUGUAAUAUUCAAAGGCUUUGUUCUGAAUUGCCUGGUUUCUGGGUAACGGGAGGCGGAGCCACCUGCGUGCACACCUGAUACUAAUUUCCUCCUGACUACUUCAGCUCUCCAGUUCAUUCACUCGGCGCCAGUUACAAAAGCAGGUCUUGGCCGCUGGCGUAUGGCGUAUACCCACAGCAAAUUCUGUGUCUGAGCCUGUGUUCCACCCCCGAAAUGGUUACGCACAUGC